AUGGAGUACUCGAUCAAGGACUUGGACGACAUGUGCGUGCGCCUGGACAUUUUGUGCCAGGAGCUGCUACGUCGUCGGGAGGACUUCUUCACACUGGAAGCAAUCCAACUCACCCAGAGCAUCGGCGAGAGACUGGCGUGGGCGUAUUGCCAGCCCCGAUUGGGGGAGCAGUUUGCGCAGCCUUUCGUAGACCGCCGGGUGCGGGACCGGUUGCGGGAGCUGCUGCUGACGAAGAACCCCCAGCUGCAGGCGCAGGUGCUGCAGACCAUCCACAUCCUUCUGGCGGCCACUCCGGCGGAGUCCACCCUCUUCUGCAACCUCACGGCCGGCUGGUACCUGCGGCGACCUAAGAGGGGUCACCGGGUAGUCACCAGCCAGUCCUCCGUGCCCUGCGGCUCCAGCACCCCCAGAAAGGCCUGCUUCGCGCCCUCGAUCGCCUCUUCCAAGGGCGAUUCUCCACUCCAAGCCACUCCGAGCCACAUCCUCCUCUUGCAUGUGGUCAGUCACGAGGCCAUCCACUUGACGCCUUUCUCAUCCCCCGACUCGAUCCAUUGA